AAUGUGUUUGCAGCUCAUCUGCGCAUGCGCGUACGCGUGCAUCUUGUGUGAUCGGUGGGGGAAAAGGCGAACGUGGUGAGUGUAUCAGUGAACAUCGAGGAGUGAGAGAGUUUCAGUGAGGCGGGAGAGCUGCGGACGUGUUGUGGAACUUCUUCUCUUCCCGUCCGUACGAGUAGGUCUCAGCUAAGCCAUGGGGAAGAUCAUGAAACCAGGGAAAGUGAUCGUGGUACUGGGCGGGCGGUUCGCGGGGAAGAAAGGGCUUAUCGUCAAGACCCACGACGAGGGAAGCAACGACCGUCCGUACGGACACGCUCUGGUGGCCGGUAUCAACAAGUACCCCCUGAGAGUCACCAAGAAGAUGGGGAAAAGAGGGUAGCAAAGAGAACGAGGAUCAAGGCAUUUCUCAAAGUCGUAAACUACAACCACCUAAUGCCGACCAGGUAAGCAGGGGAGGGGGUUGUGUGUGUGUGUGUUGAGAGUUGUGUCCUGCAGGUACUCGGUAGAUAUCCCUCUCGACAAAGCCGUCGUCAAUAAGGAUUCACUGAAGGACCAGAAAAGCCGAAGGAGAGCGCGAGCAGAAAUAAAGAAAAAGUUUGAGGAACGGCAUAAGACUGGGAAAAACCGCUGGUUCUUCCAAAAGUUGCGAUUUUAGUCUUGUGUAUGAUAGCUCUGUAAAAUAUUGUUCUAAUUAAGCGCCCGUUAAAGAAAAUUUGAAACGGAAAAAGCGUGUGUGUCCGGUCCUCUGUCCGACGCCGCCUCCUAGCAGUGAUGGCUGCUGUGUGCUCUGGCUGCUGGCGAGUUUUUCGCAGUGCCGAGCCGACCAGGACGCUGUGUGCAGCUGGUGUAAGAGCAUUGUCAUGUCGCAGAGAAAUGAGCAUGUUUCCGGAGCUGCCGGACGUGGCGUCUCUGGUAGAGAAACGGAGAGAGUUCUCAGAGGAAAGGAUCCUCGGGUACUCACCUGAGGGAGUGUAUGAUGUGGUGGCAGACCUCAACAGGUACAAGGAGUUCCUGCCGUGGUGCCAGGAGUCUCGCUAUAUCAGAGAGGGGCCAGAGAGGAGCUAUGGUCAGCUCUCCAUUGGCAUCCCUCCUCUACUGGAGAGAUACACGGCCAUGGUCCUUCACAGCAGACCUACUGCUAUCAGGACGAUAGCAACAGAUGGCACACUGUUCACUAGUCUUGAGAACCACUGGCAGUUCAGACCUGGUCCUCCCACUGAUGCUGGCCCAACAUGUCUCGUCAACUUCUGGGUAAUGUUUGAAUUUCGCUCAAUUGUCUAUGCCAAGUUGGGAAAUAUUGUGUUUGAUGAAGUCGCUCGCUCUAUGGCUGCAUCGUUCGAGAGACGCUGCGAAGCAUUGUAUGGUCCCAGCCACCUGCCGACUAGGGGGCGGAGCUUCAGAAAUAGACUCCACCCCACCAGAACAAAAAGAAUAAACCAAUGUUCUAGUAUGUUUUGUGUUAUUUAUUUUUCAGCACACAUACAAAAUGAAUGAUGAAUGAUCAAGUGACUAGAUCAAAAAAGCUGCG